GUACUACGAACGUGAGCGUUCGUUUCCAAUCUAUGUCCCGUCUGCCCCUCUCUCUCCCGCCUAGGUGGUCGUGACAUUGGCAAGGUUUGCGUUACUUUGUGCCUACUUCAUCAUCGCUGAGUUGCUUUACUUCAGAGCAGAUCACUUUUCUUUCUCGCAGUGGCCUAAGGUUUUAUAUGACAUCACCAUUCGUCGACGUUCUUCCGUACGAGUCAUCCACUUGAUCACCCGACUCGUCCGCCAGUUUUCAUACAAAAGCAAAAGUGACAAAAAGGGAGGAACGGUUUCUCAACAGCGUGAUCUGUUGUUGUGUUGUUGUUUGUGAAUCAUCACUUGAAUCAAUCUGCAGUACGCACCGUCUGGAUGUGACAACCGAAAAAGGGGAAAUCGUAAUUGAACAAGGUGAAUCAGACAACAAGGGGUGUGUGUAAAAAAAGCUGUUGUACUGCUUGAUAAAUGAGGAAAAUGUCGAUUGGGGCGGUGGGGAAGUCGUGUAGAAAGCAACCGUCUUCUUGGUGAACCAUGGCCGCCGCCAUCAACCCACAAGGGCCAGCUGCUGAGGCGCUGCUUCCGCCGCCAAUGCUGCUCGACAACACUUCGUAUCCUACCAACGCUUCUAUUGUUGCAGCUACUCGUACACGAGCUUUCCGAUCGAUAAUCAGUUGAUAUCGUCUCGUUGGGAGACGAUGGUGAGUAUUUGGCCAGUAACAGUUUGAAUAGCUGCCAGAGUUUCAAGGUCUCCUUAUUCGUUAUGCACUUCACACCUCCCAUACCAGCUGGCAUGUGUCUAUCACACUGGUGGUGGCGGCAAAGACGACAACACACUGCUGCUGGAUCGUCUGCUCUUGUUCGAUGUAGUUGCUGCAUUUUGCGCAUUGCGGCUACAAGUUUCACUAUACCGUAUAUUAUAGUCUUCCCCUUUUUUUGGUCAUCUCUUUCUGUCUCGGGACGGAUAAGAUAUAAUCAGAAGCGGAAGAAAUAAAACAAGAACGAACAAAACAAAACAAAAAUGGAGCAAGAAGAAGAUCGGCAAAGUUUACCGUUGAACAUUGAAAUGGUUGGCCAAGUGGUUCACGGUUCCGACAUGAACCGUUCGUCGCUUGACGAGCUCCUGGAGUCGGUGGAAGUGAUGAUAGGCGUUAAUGGUGACGAAUUCGCCCCUCCCGUUUCCAUACUGAACGGUCCGUUCCAGGCUGUUCUGUUGUCCUUGUUGGUCGUGAUGUCGAUCGGAGCCAACGCGUGCGUCAUCAAUAAUAUCCGGCACAACUGUAUCAAAUUGCGUUCCACUCACUUCAUUCUCAUCCAGCAUUUGUGCAUGGCCGACCUGAUCGGCGCUUCAUUGAUCCUGCCCGCUCCACUGGUCACCUCAUUCCGCGGCCGUUGGGAAGGAGGGCCAAAUCUUUGCCACCUAUCCAGCGUCGUUAAUGUCUCUCUCUGGCUACAGCACGUCUUUAUGUUCCUCAUGCUCAAGAUUGAUCGUGUUCUAGCAGCCACUCUGCCGAUCGGUCGCUACCCUAUUUGUACGCCUAGAACCAGCCAAUGGCUUGUCUUGCUGGCCUGGCUUCUGGCCCUGGCUAUUGGUGCUGGUGUAACGAGCGCUGCUGGUGCUCGCUUUGAGCCAUCACUGCUUCUUUGCGCGCCCGGUUUGCCUCAGGAGUUUGGCAUCACUCUCAUCUCCCUCUACUGUUCGGCGUUCGCUUCGAUGGUUGUCGGCUACGUCGUACUGCUUGUCGCUGUGGGGCGAAAGAAAUCGAAAAAUAAGGCGGAGCAGCAGUCGGAGGAGGAGGUGACCGAAGAGCCCCAUCAUCUUGAGCACGAUUCGCCUGGUAGUAGCAAUUCGAAGAGCUCAUCGACCCAACAACAGCAGAGUGGCGCUAAUUUACGUUCAGCCGCCACUUCGCUUAUCGUUACCGCCAGCCAUUUGCUAUUGUACCUGCCUGCGCUCCUAUUGCUUGGUCUUCAGGGGACGGUGGUGAAUCCAGUAGCUGCCGCCCUUUGCGCUCUCAUUGUCUACUCUGAAUUUCUAAUUCAUCCUAUGGUGCUCCUAUCUACGUCACGACGGAUGCGCCAGGAAGUCCUCCGGACCCUCAAACGGCAUUCGCCCUGCUGCUGUUGAUACUUGGAGAUAUUCGGGAAACUGAAAAGGAAGUCCAGCGACGGAUACCAGACGUUUGUACAAUUAUAUCUCUCUCAAUCACUCAUUAAAGUUACAAGUGACAUUCUCUCUCUUUUUUUGUUGUUGUAAAACGAGUACUACUCAAUGGACAUCGUUGUUUUGAUCUAGCCUCUAACGAUCUCAUAUCACCUUUCUCGUCAUGUGUUCUACGUUUUCGUAUUAACCUAGACGCAUGUACAACCUUGUGGUCUACAUGAUAUAGCGUCCUUCUGACAACGCGAUUAUAUUUAAUAGAAUUUUAUUAACCUAUACAA